GAGCUGCGGUUUGUUUUGAGUCGGGUUGAGAAACAAGUGGCGCUGUAAGCCAAAGGGAGAACUGGCGGAAGUGACAUCAGAUGCGGAAGUGUGGUGAGAUGUCAGCAAAGUGUGGGCAGCAUGGAAGGAUCCCGUUCAAUGCAGACAUACUCGUUGUUUGAGAUACUCAGAGAGAGUCCCCUGCUGGAUGGGAUUUCCAUCAACGGGAGCAAUGUGAGGGAGGAAGUCACCAAGGAGCCCUGUAUUAAAGACUCAGGGACCAUUCCUGUAGAGGACAAGGCAGCCAAAGUGUUGGAGGUGUCAGACCGGAUGUACUGCUCAUUCUGCCAGUACUCGUUUGAUAGCAGAGAGGAACAGAAGGAACAUUAUACCCUGGACUGGCAUCGGUUUAACUUGACGCGCAGGAUUAAGGGAGCCACCGCCCUUAGCGAGGAGGAUUUCCAAGAGAAGACACAAGCAGGGGACAUUUCUAGCAUCUCUGGCUCAGAUUCCGACAGUUCUGAUAAUGGGGAUUGCCUAGAGCCCAUUAGGCGUUCUGUGCCUUUAUCCAGUCAGCCAAGUCGCUCGCAGAGAAUUCUCUUUCAGAACAAAGUGGGGCAGAUCCUUUCUGUGCUUCGCUGUGUCCUGGGGCAAACAAAGGAUAUGGAGGUGAAAUCAGAGCAUCUGCUGAACUGUAUAGAGAGCUUGCAGGAGCAGCCAAUGAUAGUGAUUCUAAUGGCUGGUGGAGGGCACUUUGCUGGAGCUGUUUAUAAAGGGAAGGAGGUGCUGACGCACAAGACGUUCCAUCGCUACACUGUACGGGCCAAGAGAGGGACAUCCCAGGCGGUGCAUGACUCUCAGAACCGAGGUCACAUGGCCAAAUCCGCAGGUGCAGCUCUUCGAAGAUAUAACCAGGCUGCUCUAAUCACAGACAUAAGCCAGUUGCUGCAGACCUGGACAGAGCAUAUAAGGGAGGCAAGGGGUAUCUACGUUAGGGCUCCGUGCUCUGACAGAGCCCUCUUCUUGGGACGCAAUUCUCCCAUUUUGCGAAAAGAUCCGAGAGUGCAUGGCAUUCCCUUUGCCACGCGUAGAGCUACCUUCAAGGAGGUGCAGCGUGUGCACAUGCAGCUGUUCUCACUCCAAGUGUAUGAAAAGGACGCAGAUAUGUUGAGGCUGAUUGGAACAAGGGUUAAUAAACCAGUGAAGCCCAAGAAAACUGUACAGACAGAGGCACCUAGAGAACCUGCUGAAGCCCCUAAUGUAUCUGAAGAAGAAGAGGAAGCUAUAGAACUUUUGGCUGAAGAGCUGACACUCAGUACUUUGGAUCUUCGGGAGUGUGAAGUUCAGCCAAAAAGGAGGAAAAAGAAGAAGAAAAAGAAUGGAAAGGAAACACAGAUAGAAUCUAACAAUGAUCUGGCAAGAUCCAAGACCAUCUCUGAUUGUGAGCCUUUAGGGGAGGACCCUCAAGAAUGGGAAGAAGAUGACGAUCAGGCUGAUGAGGAACUCAAAAAAGUAAAUGUUAAAGAUGAAGCUGUGUCAUUAGCAGAAGGAGAUGAAUUGUGCAGAGCACGCAAUUCGUUGUUUACCUGCUGUAAGACAGGAGACUUGGAGACUGCUACACAGAUCCUGCAGAACUGCCUUAACUGUGUCCAGCAAAUGCCUUUAGUGGGAUCUCCCGCAGAGCAUGAGCUGGUUAAUGAGCGCCUGCCUAUCGGAGAUCACACCCUGCUGCACAUAGCUGCCUCUGCAGGACAUGGAGACGUGGCUUGUCUGUUAAUGGAUGCUGGUUGGGAUCCGGGACUCCGGGACUCAGUCGGACAGACUCCAUACUCUGUAUCUGCUGAUAAAAGAACAAGAAACCGAUUCCGCCAGUAUCGAGAAGAAAAUCCUCAGAGAUUUAACUAUAGCAAAUCCCAGAUUCCAGGACCUGUAUCUGAGGAGGUGGAAGUCCGGAGAGCUGAAAAGAAGCGAGCACAGAAAGCAAAGAGGAAACAAAGGGAGAAGCAGGAAAAGGAGGAAAAACUACAAAGAGAGGAAGAGGAAGCAGAAAAGAGGAGGUUUGCUGCUCUAAGUGAUCGUGAGAAGAGAGCGGCUGCUGCUGAGAAGAGACUUGCUGCACAACUCAACCACACAAAAGGAGUACAGAGUAAUAUCAGGCGCUGCUGGCAGUGUGGGGAAUCUCUUUUAGGCAAGGUUCCAUUUGAAUAUCUAGAUUUUUCUUUUUGCACCACUCGAUGCCUCCAGGAGCACCGCAGGAACUGUGCAGCAAAAUCAUAGGCAUGGGGAUAAUGCAUUCAAGAUACUACAUGGGUGGAGGCCAGAAACAAGUAGAGAUAUUCUGUCUGAGAUCUUCGGGAAAUGGAGAAUUCAACAUGGGGCUCUGCUCCACCAGCAUCUAUCUUUUACAUCCCAUACAUUUAUAUUAACUGCCCUUACAUCACAAAAGGCACAGGGCAAGCACCUAUAAAACCAGAAGCAGGAAGCUGGCAGUAUAAGGCCGUGGGUGGGGAGAGCAGGCAGAAGAGCUCAACCCGAACCUGCCCGUGACCCUCAAAUGGUGUGCUGAGGUCGGGCCGACCUGCGGGUAUUGGGCUGGCCUGCACAUCACUGAUCUGCAUGGAACUGAAAAUGGCUAAAACCAUUACCUGCCUGCAGGGUCCACACUACCUCUCCCAAACUGAAAUAAGAAGGUUUACCCCCUUUCCUCAGCUGUCCCCUAAAUUGUAAUGUUGGCUUUUUGGCUAUAAAGGAAGAUCUAUUAAAUAAUUAGCAAGUGGA